CUCUCCAUCUCGAUCCUGUGUGGCAACAGAUCGCCUGACCUUGCUCUUGACCAGCACUGGAACAUUCCUCCACAGGCGGGUGUGCCGAUAUAUCGCGCAUUGACUGCACCGCUUACGACGGACCCUCCAUUUGCCGGCGAUCAGAUAUUCGUAUACCUUACUUGGCCGCCGCAAAUCAACGAUCAUGGCCGAGAGCAUCUUACAGUGGCUAGAACAGGCUGGGGGACUCUAUGAUGCCGAGGCGAUGGGUAUCAAGGACUAUAGCGAUGUCGGUAUGGGCUGGGGAGCUGUCGCGCUCAAAGACCUCGAGGAAGACACUGCUUUGUUUACCAUCCCAGACAAGAUCCUGCUUUCCGCUUGCAACUCUGGUCUGCGCAAUCUCGUCGCGGAAGAAGAUUGGGACGUCCUGGAAGAGCACGGUGGAUGGGCCAGUCUGAUGCUCUCGAUGAUGUGGGAGGAAGCCCAGGGCGAGGCUAGCCGAUGGAGCGGAUACAUCAAGGCUCUGCCGAAUACGUUCCAAACGCCCAUGUUCUGGACGGACGAGCAGAUUCAGGAACUAAAAGGGACGGACAUCGUCGACAAGAUCGGCCGACAGUCUGCAGAAGAUACAUACAACCAGAAGAUCAAGCCCGUACUUCAGAAAUACCCCGACGUGUUCAAGAGGAACGCUUCCCUCUCCGUACAACCAUUUUCGCUGGAACACUUCCAUAUUCAAGGGUCUCGGAUUUUGUCCCGGUCUUUCAGCGUUCCGAGCUCACGAGCUGGACGCAAGAAGAAUGGUCGACAGGAAGCUGGAGCUGGAGACACCUCUAUGCAGACUGACGGGGAUGUCAGCAUGCAGACGGACGAGGGAGAGAAAACGCUUGACCUUGGAGACCAGACGCUUGAGACGGUGAACGACGAGAAUGAGGACGAGCCCGAGGAAGAAGAGGAUGAAGAAGAUGACGAGGACGCCGAAGAGGAAGUCAUGGUGCCCGUAGCGGAUAUGCUCAAUGCAGCCUAUGAGCGCGAUAAUGCGAGGUUGUUUCACGAGGACGAUUGUUUGAAGAUGGUCACCACCAAAGCCAUCGCCAAGGGCGACCAGAUCUUCAAUACAUACGGUUCGCCUUCGAAUUCUUACCUGCUGCGAAAAUAUGGACACGUCGACGUCUACCCACUGCCUGAAGAAACACUGUCGAAGCUGCCUGAAGAACUACGGAUCUGGCCUAACGGUAACGAGGGCGACGAAGUAGAGAUAACAGGCGAGGUCGUACUCGAUGCUGCGGUUCAGGUGUGGGCUGCCGGAUCGAAGACUGCAGAAGAGCAAGAAAAGUACAAGGCCGAGCUGGGCGAGCGGGUGGAUUGGUGGUUGGAAGCGGGGGAAGAAGACACGUUCGUCUUGACGUAUCCCCCCGACGAGAUCCCGGAGGCUGUCAUCGGUUUUGCAAGACUGCUGAUCGAUCAUGAGGCAUGGGAGAAGGCGCGAGACAAAGACAAGGUUCCGAAACCCAAGAUCGAACAGACUGCUACCGGGGUCAAGGUGAUCGAGGUGUUGUUGGAGAGCAUCAAGUUGAGACGGACGCAAUAUUUUCAAUCGCUAAGCGACGAUCUCGCUGCUCUGUCCUCGCAUGACAAGGACUCUCAGGGUCUUUAUAGUUACAUGGCUAGAGUAGUACGAACCGGGGAGGCGCGGGUACUAGCGGUCGACGAGACCAUCCUAAUGGAACAGAAAUCGGAGCUGGAGAAGAAACUAGCAACCGGCGGUGGCAAGAGGAAAGCUGAAACCGCUCCGAGCCAAAAGGGCAAGAAGCCCAAGACCCGUCUCAAGGUCGCUUAAAUGAUAAAUGUGGCGAGGU